UUUUUGCGAACGCGGAAAAUGACGCUUCUCUUGAGCUUCAACGGAGCCAUUUUGGCGCUGCAUGAGUCGAACUUGGAAAUGUAUAUGGAUUAGCAGAGCUGAACCAAGGUUUCUGGAAUAAAAUGACAAUCAUUAUGCGCCUCAUUAUUGGAACGAUUUUCCUGCUUGUUAGAAGCUUUGGUACCGAAAUAGAACCCCCAAGGGAUAGCAAGUGCCCGCAGGCUAAACAGCGAUAUGACUUCGUCAUUGGUCUGCUCAGUCCGAAGGCGGGAGUCUCCCCAUUGCAAGGGACGUUUGACGAUUAUAGCAAGACUACGUAUGACAUAGUGACAAAAUGCUACAACACGCCGUAUAGCGUCAACCUGGACGUUGACAAGCUGCUCAACAUACCUGAAAACGGAUGGACACAUAUCAAAGACGGCAUUGACGAGGCGAUGAGCAAUCAAGCAAAUGCCAAGCGUGACGUCGGACUCUCUGUGGUCGUCGGACCUUUCUAUCAAAACCUUGCAAUGGUUCUGGAGGAGCUCAAAAUUCCAUACAUCGUCACAGACUACAUGGGAUUUGACUGGUCAGACAUAAGUCGAGUGGACAGUACUGUCCAGUGGAAAAAUAUCAUAGAAGUAAGGCCACCGAUGCCCGAGUUCAACAGUGCAAUCGUUGAUUUCUUCGUUUUCAAGGGCUGGGAAAGCGCAGUUAUGAUUAUGCCUGAAAAUCCAAAGGAUAAUCAAGAAUGUCAGAAUCUCGCCAGACAGAUGGUAGAGAACAACAUAUCUCCCAUCUCAUACACCCUCCGUAUGCGUGAUGGCGCUGCCGAGGUGCUACGGAACGUCCAAUUGCUCGAGCAAAAGAAAAUCGUCAUUUGCAGUCCUCGUGACGACAAAUACAACCUUAUCCAGAUGGUACUUGAUGAGGCAUCCCUCUUCCAAAUGCUGGCAGACGAAAGCUACAGUUUUUUCAUACUGGACCCCACAACACAUUUGAAAGCACUCACUGAGAUCAACAUGUACAGGAACGGCUUGUUUGCCGCGAAAUGUGACCUGUUUGCUUAUCGAUAUAAGGACACUCAAAAGGACUACAAAGGCUUCGCCACCGGAUACGGAUUCGGUGCCGCCGAUGCUGCAAAAAUAAUAACUGACGCUAAGUACUACUACCUUGGUCGCCACGAGUCUCAAAAAUACGAAAAGUUGUCGAAAGAACUGUUCUUAAAGGUUUUGAAAGAGGUUGUGAUUGCUGAUGGAGCCACUGGCUAUAUUCGAUUCAAUGAAAACGGUACUCGAGUCAACUACACGCUCUCACUAUACAACCACGGUGGCGUUAAACUGUAUAAUAAGAUAGCAACUUGGUCUAAAAAUGUCGCCGUUUACGAACCAGGCGGUAACUCCACCGUCAACCGCACGAUUUCUACUAAACCAAGUACUUUGCAACUCAUAAAAAGCACGGAAACACAAGUGAAGGAGACCCGAGGAAUUUUCAAAGAUAUAGAAAGGGUUGUUGUCGUUUUGGAAGAACCUUUCGUCAUGUACAGAGAAGCGCCGAAAGGAGUUGAAUAUCAAGGUAAUGAUCGUUUCGAGGGAUUUACGGUCGAUCUUCUCAAUCAGAUAAGCGAGGAUCUCAAGUUCAAAUACGAAAUUGUUUUGUCACCCGGCAACGAGUAUGGCGGACCACGGAAGGACACGGAAAAUGAAUGGGGAGGAAUAGUCGGGGAGGUCCUCACAAAGAACGCCACAAUGGGAAUGGGUGCUAUCUCUAUAACAUCUCAGAGAAAGUCUGUGAUUGACUUCAGUCUUGGCGUCAUCAGUACAGGUGUUAAUAUCCUAAUAACGAAACCAGUGGAAAAGUUCAACAUGUUUCAGUUUUUGACGCCAUUUUCUCUUGAGCUGUGGAUGGCCAUUAUUGGUUCAUCAUUUGGAAUCUGCAUUGUCUACUUUAUUUUAGACCUUAGAAGUAAAGAGCGAGUGUUCACUAUUAAGUCAACGUUGUGGUUUUCCUUAGGCACAUUACUAAUGAAAGGGAGCGAAACGUGUCCGAGGCGCACAUCUCAAAGAAUUCUAACUAUUGGUUACUUGUUCUUUGUGAUGAUAACCGUUUCAACAUAUACUGCUAACAUGGCAGCUUUCCUAACAAAAAGAAACCUCGAAGAACCUAUUAAUUCUUUUGAAGAACUUGCAGAGAGAGAUGAGGUUGUUAUUUAUACAGUCGAUAAUUCGGCUACAAUGAACUUCUUAAAAUCAAGCGCUGAAAACACAAUUUUUCGAAGGAUUUGGGAGAAAAUUGACAACGGUGGUAGAGGAGUAGGUCUGGUUCCAAAUGCAUCUCUUGGAAGAAUAAAAGUCACCGAAUCAAAGGUGCCAGCGGCUUUUAUUUUUGACUCUAUGAUCAACUCAUAUGUGGAAAAGAAGUACUGCAGGACACAGUCUGUGUCCGCUCCUAUACUCCUUCAGGAGCACGGUAUAGCCAUGUACAACGGGGCUCCCUUCAAGUCGCAGCUCAAUAUUGAACUCUUACGUCUCAAGGAAAAGGGCUUCAUCCAAGAAUUAAAGAAAAAGUGGUGGGAAAACACCCGAGAGUGCGACUUUGAUUUUGAUAGCAGAAAUUCCAAGCAGGUGUCAUUUGAUCUUGAGCACACGGCGGGGGUUUUCAUCGUCGGCUGCUUCGGGCUGGGAUCUGCCCUGGCGUUGUUCAUCUUGAAAAAGGCGUAUGUUUUUGCAAAAACUGACAGCAUCUUCCAGCCUGUAAUAAGAAGAGAAGACACGUCUACCGGUAGCAGCCAUUCCAGCAGGACCCCAGAAGAGAAGCCAGUGUUUGGUCAUGCUGAAGGAAAGCAAUCAACUGUCUAGAAAGAACGGUCACUUCAUUGGAUAGCGAAUGGGGCCCGUAUCAUGUGCAUACAUAUUAUAGACUUCACAAAAUUUUGACUCUUUUAUUUGCCACCUCUUAAUAUUAUAAAGUACAUGUACAUACGCAAUUCAUUAUUUGAAUAACGUCCAUAGCACAUGAUAAAAAUCAUGUUAUAUAUCAAAACCGCCUGUGUCUUUGACAUGCAAUCUUUCCUAAACAAAUAUCUUUAAAAUCAGUCCUAGGUUUUAACUGUAAGAAACAAUUAAACAUACAAAUUGUGAUCAUUUUAGUCACAACCUAUUGUAUAUGAAUUAAACAUGAUUCAUGUUGUAUGAAGGCAUUUUAUUGUGUGAGUUAUGUAUUUGUUUUUAUAUUGUAACCAUUGCCUAAAUGUUAAAUGAAUGUAGAAUGUUGACAUCAUAUACGUCCACCAAAAGAAACUUAAUAAAUGUCUGGUUUCCGGCAAAUCAUUUGAUAGCGAAUGUUUCAAUACUUGAUAUUGUAAGAUGUAUAAAUGAGUUGUUGUCGUCGUUGCUAGUACUUCAUUAUAUUUAAUUUGUCUUCUUCAAAAACAAAAAUAUCUUUUGAUCAACAUAGUUUUGAUGUAAUUAGUUUACACCUUAUAAUAUUAU